CUAUUAUCUAGCCAAACAUAAACUUCCUCUGGUAUACUUACUCUUUGAUAAACUCUCUCUCUCUCUCUCUAUCUCAUCGAGUAUCACUAACAGAUCCAGGAAGACUUUCAAUAAUAUAACUAUUUACAAAUAACGGUCUAGUUAUAGAAUAUUCUGCAGCUUUUCUUUUACAUAUCAGAAAGACUUAUUUCUUUCUUCCCGAUGUAGCUGUCAAAUUAACAAUGUUAAUUAUUAUUCUACAUAAUAUAUAUAGGUAAAUAUGGCGAAUAAAUUUUAUGCCAUGCCGUAAUAAAAAAAACAAUAGUCAAAGUGAUUGUGAUUAUUUGCUUACGCUGCUUCUUUGCUUAGUGAAAAUUAACUUCAUAACUUGAUAUUUAUAACAAUUGUACUAUAAAUACUUUUCGCCUAACGACAAGAUAGAGAUUAUCAUCUACAUUUUUGUUCCUAAGUUAUUUGAAAACUUAUGUAAUUUAAAUUAAUAUAUUGAGCAUUUCAUACCAUGAUUUGUCCCGACUUUUUGGAAUUUCAGGAUAAGCUGAAAAAGAUGCGAUCACUUGAUGAUAAAAUUAUUUAUGCACUAAAUACAUCUAUACCUACAGAAUCGUUUCAUAAUAAAGUAAAUAUUACAACAGCUUGCCAGGAUUUAUAUUCAAAGAUAAAUAAAGUACAUACUGAAAGAGAAAAAAUAAUAAAGAACUGCAUUUUGGUCACAGCAGAAUCUGUAAAAAAACUUAAAUCUGUUAGAGAGGAAAGACCUGAUGAUUAUGAAGUUAUCAAAAAUUUAAAGACUGAACAAAGAAAGCUGCGCCUAUUACAAACAGAACUUAGCGUUGAGGAAGUCAUAAAAGAAAAAACCAAUAAAGUGUUCACAGAUAGCUGUAGAAGUUACUUUAAACCUAAUGAUUUAUGAGAAUAGAAAAAGGCUUGUAAUGGUACAUUAUAGUAUACAGAUGUUAGUUGUUUGAAUAAUGAAAUCAUACAAACAAGAAUAUGCCUUUGAUUGUAUUUCACCUGCUACAUAAAUAAUUUUAAUCUAU